GGUGGUUGUUGGGCAGAUGCUAAUUCACAUGGAAAUGAAAUAUUUAUUUCUUUUUCAGCGAGGCUGCGGUGGUGGCUGCUGAGGCCACUUGGAAAAAAAAAAGUUGUUUCUUAAAAUAAAGAGGAGCGAGAGCAGAGAGAUAAGGUUUCAGGUCCAGGCUGAUAACUGCAGAGAGGGGAGAGGUUUGGGGUGUUUUUCCCCCCUCUUCUUGCUGAUGCCAUGCAAAUGCAGGAGAGGAGGGGAAAAAAGUCUCUUUUAAUGACUCAUUGAUUGAGCUGGUUUAAAAUUAGUUGUUGUUGGUCUUUUUUUUUAAUUUUCCGCCCCCUUGAUGGCCAUCAAGAGAGGGCUAGAAAGAGGAGAGGGAGAGAGUGUGUGUGCGUGUGUGAGUGUGAGAGAGUGAGGAGCGAGGGGGAUAGAGAGAGUGUGAGAAGGAGAAAGAAAAAUAAUCUUUUCAAAUCUCCUCCCUCUUUUUUUCCCCCCUCGUUUCUUUGCUUUUCUCUAAAGCUCUCUGGGCUGUGAAACACUCUUUCUUCCUCCUCCUCAGGAAAAUGGAGACACUUCGUCUCUCUGCUGGCUGCGUGGGGCUGGGAAGGAUUUUUCUUUUUUUCUUCACUCCUGGCUUGAUUUUUCCCCCCGCUACCCGCUUCCACCGCUCUGAUCUUGUAAUUCCUCUGAAUUUGUUUCUCUGAUGUGUGUCUGCGGCGGAUUUAUUUUUCAGCGGUUUUCUUGUAGCCACUAGAUUUUGUGGGGUUCUUUGCAGGUUGCUUCUGAAUUUGCCUGUCUUUAUUUUUUCCACGGCGUGGAACUGAGGAUCCCUGGCUGUGCGUGCGAUUUUGGGGCGGUGGAUUUGAGUUUAAUGAUCUUUUUCCCCCCCUUUGUAGGAUCAGCCCCCCCCCGAACGUAUUGACCUGUAAUCUAUUUUAAAACGUAAUAAUAAACCGACUUUCUCUCUAGUAACCCUUCUGGUUUUGCGUUUUAAGGGCUGUGUAUCUGCUGCUUGGCUUUUCUGCGUAUCUGGUUCAUCAGAUUAUUGCUCUGAGCAUUUUCUGAAAAAUCUCGUUUUGAAUUUGAGCCAACACCAAACACUGGUGGCGUUAUGGAGGGGCUUCAUUGAAACCUUCCGAGCUGAGGAUGGGCAAAGUAGUUGUUGGGGUGGUUGUUUUUGUUGCUUAGUGUUAGCUGUUUUCUCCUGCAACCUUAAUAAAAAUAAAUCGUCUUUCCGAGUACGGGAUUGUGGGGAAGGUGCAGUAACCUGGCAUCACAUUUUUAAAAAAAAAACACCCUCUUAACAAUUGAAGGGGAAAUAGGACACGUUUGUGUUUUUAAAGUGUUAUUUAAUAAGCGGGGUGGGGGGUGGCUAAGGCCUGACACACUCUCUGCUCGCCCCCGUCUCGUCGGGAUUGCAAUUAAAAGGAGCGAGCCCCGCUGCUGCCUGUGGACGGGGCUGCUUGUUUGCCACGCGGGGCCGGCUCGCUGUGUGUGACUGGGAGAGCGGGAGAAAAUGGCGCUGUCUGGCUGCCUGCCAGCGUUUGUUGCGCAGUUUCACUGUGACUCUUCCCUCCUGGCCUCCUCCCCCACAGGCGCCAUUUUAAAGCCCUGGGUGGUUGGGGGUUUUCUUUCAUGUUUCAUUCCACUAUGUGGGGCAUCGCCCUCCUGUGCCUAUCUCAGGCCAUUGCCUUUGCUCGUUCAGCCUGUUCAAAAUGCUGCUUCUCCAGCAAAGAGCACUUCAUUCCUCACUGAGGGAAAACCUCCUUUCGCUGGUCUCCUUCACUGUGGAGAUGGGUGUGUGAAAGCGCUCGCCCUCUCUUGUGUGUGUGUGUGUGUUUGUGUGUGAUGGGGGGGGGAUGAAAGAUCAUAUUUAUGGGUCUGUUAAGGAAAAAUGACACGGUUAUUUAUUUUGCUCUCAGUAACAGUUUCAGGAAGGGGCCCGUACACAUCUCGUCCACUUAGAUUUUAAGUCUCUUCCGUGCCUCCCCCCUUCAAAUUGUCCCCACAGCCCUUGACUAAGCUGCCACAGCUAGGGGUGCACUCCUGGGAGGUGUGAAGUGCUUUCAAAUCCAAAUGACUUCUGUGGGGUGCGAGGGAGCUUCUGUGUCCCAGAGGAUGGAGACCCUGUUUAAAGGCUGGUAAUUUGUCAUGGAUGAUGACGACGAUGAGUCCUGUCUCCUUGAUCUUAUUGGAGAUCCACAGGCACUGAAUUAUUUUCUACAUGGUCCUAGUAGUAAAUCUAGCAAUGAAGACUUGACUAAUGCAGGGUACUCUGCAGCCAAUUCUAAUUCAAUUUUCGCCAACUCCAAUAACACUGAUCCUAAAUCCUCCAUCAAAGGUGUAAGCAAUCAGCUUGGAGAGGGACCUAGUGAUGGACUACAACUGUCAAGUAGCCUUCAGUUUCUUGAAGAUGAACUUGAAUCUUCUCCUUUACCUGAUCUCAGUGAGGAUCAGCCUUUUGAUAUUCUUCAGAAGUCCUUACAGGAGGCCAAUAUUACUGAACAGACUUUGGCAGAAGAGGCAUAUCUGGAUGCCAGUAUAGGUUCUAGCCAACAGUUUGCACAAGCUCAGCUUCAUCCUUCUUCAUCAGCAUCCUUUACUCAGGCUUCUAAUGUGUCUAAUUACUCAGGUCAGACGCUGCAACCUAUAGGAGUUACUCAAGUGGUACAGCAACCAGUUGGAGCAUCUUUUGCAAGCAAUACAGUUGGUGUGCAACAUGGCUUUAUGCAACAUGUGGGAAUUAGUGUUCCCAGCCAGCAUUUGUCUAAUAGUAGUCAGAUUAGUGGUUCGGGGCAGAUACAGCUAAUUGGUUCAUUUAGUAAUCAACCUUCCAUGAUGACUAUUAACAACCUUGAUGGAUCUCAGAUUAUAUUGAAAGGCAGUGGACAGCAAGCACCUGCAAACAUGAGUAGCGGACUCUUGGUUCAUAGACAAACUCCUAAUGGUAACUCACUGUUUGGUAACUCAAAUUCAAGUCCAGUAGCACAACCUGUAACUGUCCCAUUUAACAGCACAAAUUUUCAGACAUCUUUACCAGUGCAUAAUAUCAUUAUUCAGAGGGGUCUAGCACCAAAUUCUAAUAAAGUUCCGAUUAAUAUCCAACCAAAGCCUAUUCAGAUGGGUCAGCAAACAGCUUACAAUGUGAAUAACUUGGGAAUACAGCAGCAUCACGUACAACAAGGGAUUCCUUUUGCUUCAGCAAGUUCACCUCAAAAUUCAGUAGUUGGUCCUCAUAUGUCUGUUAAUAUUGUUAAUCAACAAAACACAAGAAAAUCAGUUACUCCUCAAACAGUUAGUAAUGCUGGCGGUAGUAUUGUUAUCCAUUCUCCUAUGGGACAGCCUCAUGUAUCUCAAAAUCAGUUUCUCAUACCUACAAGUCUCUCUGUCAAUUCUAAUUCGGUUCAUCAUGUCCAGACCAUAAAUGGACAACUUCUUCAGACUCAACCUUCCCAGUUGGUUUCUAGCCAAGUAUCUGCUGAGCAUGUUAUGCUGAACAGGAACUCUACAAGCAUGCUCAGGGCCAACCAUUCAUAUUCAGGACAGAUGCUGAAUAAUCAGAAUACAGCUGUUCAAUUAGUUUCUGGUCAGACAUUCACAGCUCCUGGAAGUCAAGUUAUAGUAAAUCAUGGAACUUCUCAAAUUGUUGGUGGACAGGUGCCAUUACAACAGGCAUCACCAACAGUGUUGCAUUUAUCACCCAGUCAAAGUAGUGUUUCUCAAGGUAGAUCAGGUUUUACUACAAUGUCACCUGGACAGUCUACAGUCUCAAAUAUGUCAGCAUCUAAUCGGUUUACUGUUGUAAGUUCUUCUGGCACAGUACAUCCCAGCCUGGGGCCACCAGUUCAGUCUGUUGCAUCAGGAGGAAAUUUUACUGGAGAUCAACUUACACAGCAGAAUAGAACACAAGUUUCAGUGAGUGUAUCACAUUGUCUUCCAGUUUCCUCUUCUAAAUCUAUCAGCACUUUCAGUCGCACAUCAGUAGGAGUAACACAGCAACAGUUCACUUUUGCUCAGGCUCAGAAAAAAGUUAUGAACCAGUCUUCACCAGUUUCUGCAUCAAAGUUACCGGAUAGCUUGAGACAACCUCUGCUAACAGGUCCUCUGAGUAACACGUUGCCAGGACAGGAUUCUGGAGGUAAAAUCAUCCAGCAACCUUUAGGAACAACACAGUCACAGCAGGAAAAAGUAGUAGGAUCAUCUCCUAUCCAACAAAAUGUGCAGGUGGAUGUUCAUACGGUUGGACAAAAGAGGCCUGCUGCUAAACAGCUAACAAAAGGAGCUUUUAUUCUACAGCAGUUACAGAAGGACCAGGCACAUGCUGUGACACCAGAUAAAAGUCAAUUCAGAUCGUUAAAUGAUGCAGUCCAGAGACUCCUCUCAUAUCAUGUGUGCCAGGGAUCACUGCCAACCAAGGAGGAUUUAAGAAAAGUGGACAGUGAAUUUGAAUCUGUAGCCACGCAGCUUCUGAAAAGGACACAAGCUAUGCUCAAUAAGUACAGAUGUUUGCUCAUAGAAGAUGCAAUGCGGAUAAAUCCCUCUGCAGAAAUGGUUAUGAUUGACAGGAUGUUUAACCAGGAAGAAAGGGCAUCUCUGUCCCGGGAUAAGCGCCUUGCACUAAUGGAUCCUGAUGGUUAUCUGGCUGAUUUUUGUUGUUCCUCUAAACAAUUUGAUGAAACUGCUGAUGAAGCACAGUCCAGUGAAAGUGAUCAUCAGUGUAGUAAAACUUUGACUUCUCACAGUCAGACUACCAAGAUCCAAACCAGAGACCGAUCAAAAUCCAGCACAGCAGAGUCUACAAAUCAUGACAAACUUCAUUUAGUGCCUAACAACGUUAUGACACAACUAGAAGGAAAAAUUUCUACAAAAAAAACGGAAAGCCUCACUAAAGCUUUAAAGUUUGAGAAGGCUAGCUGUUCUCCUGACAGUCAAUACAUGGCUGUGUCUGAAGAGAAAUUGGCUGGUAAAGAUCUUGCCAAGACCAAUGAAAAUUCUUCAAGUUCUGAAGACCUGUCAAAAAUCUUGUCAAGAGCUAAUCAUGGUACACAUAAAAUGUCAAGGAAUACAGUUGAAUCUCACUCAGAGGUAAUAUGUAAUAACAACUCCCUCCAAGACAAAACUCAGAGGAGCUUUCCAAAGAAUGAGGUUUUACAUCCUGACAACAUGAAAGGCUCGGGUGAACCCCAACAGGAUUUACUCCUCAGUAAGAGUUUAGAAACUACAUUCAAAAACAUUUUGGAACUGAAAAAAACUGGGAGACAGCCACAAAGUGAGGCUACUGGUAGUGGCUCUGUAGAAUUAGACUUUCCAAACUUUUCACCAAUUGCUUCACAAGAAAACUGCCUGGAAAAAUUUAUUCCAGAUCACAGUGAAGGUGUUGUAGAAACGGACUCUAUUUUAGAAGCAGCUGUAAAUAGUAUCUUAGAGUGUUAAUAGUUACAGUACCAUGGACAAGUUAUGUUUCUCUUAGUAGAAGCAAAUGUGAAUGACACCACAAGUACAGCCUGACAUAUGUCAAAGGUUAAUCUUUCUAAACUAGAUUCUGUUCUGUGUUUGAGAGCAAUACUCAUUGUGAUUACAGUGAGAUAUCCAGUAAAGUUAAUCCUUGUUAGAAUGCAGUCUGUUGGGGCCUACACAUUUCAAGUAUUAUAAUGAUAGUGCUUAUGGUAAUUGUUUAACACUGCAAUUUAAUGAGAUUGCAGUUCACUAGGCCCUAGGUAAUAAGGUAAUAUACUGACAAUCACAGUCAUAUGAAAAGACAGAUUUAUUCAAGAAAACUUUAAAAAGACAAAUGGAAGCAACAAUUUUUCCCCUUCCAUAAAUCACUAGAUUUUAGUUUCUUUCCAGGAAAACCUCAUGGUAAAAUACCCAUUGUACCUUUAUUCAGAAAUGAUUGUCUAUCUGAUUUAUUAAUGAAUCCAUCUGCUCUAGGAUUUUAAGUUGGAAGGAUGUCAUCGGUACGUUUAUAGGGCUUCAUAUUUUAAGUGCUUUUCUGUUGUCACUGAACAGAAAGUAGUACAUGAGUAUAUCUGUAGUGGGUGAAUUUAGUCUGUGGAAUGAUACUGUAUAAUGUUAGUCACAACAGUAUGAUCUGAAAUAGUAUAUGGUAGACUAAGGAAAGAAGAACAGAAGCCAGUAAGUGUCAAAGUGUACAGGAGGAGGUCAUGAUAGAGCCAUGAAUUUAUAUAUAUAAAUACAUAUAUAUGUUAACUCUUGAGGAGAAGGUUUUGCAUUUUAUAAUUGGAUAUAGUCAACCUAAGUCUUUCUGAAGUGGUAUAAAUGUUGUUAUUUUUUUUAAGACCAAGUGUCAAAAGCACUUUUAUUUGAAAACUGUGUUAUUAAAUUAGUAGUUUAUACUUUGAGGGGACAUUAGCCUUAAUCUGAGAAAUUUAAAGGCCAGUGUUGUUGCUUGUUUCUGCUUCUUGCUGUCAGAGAA